CUGAGCGCUUCAGUCCGAGUGCGCACGGCCUGCGCGUCCUCCGCCUGCCAGCUCGCCCGCCAGCCGGCCCAACCGGCCCGCGACCCAUGUCCCGCCGCAAGGCCGGCUGCACGCCCCGCCGAGUAGACCCCGCGCCGGCCGCCAACCCAGACGACGAGCUGGAGAUGCCGAACCUCGUCAUCGAGAUGAAGACCGAGCCGCUCGCCCGGCCCCUACAGGCCCCGGGGUUCGGGCUCUUCUCUCCGAAGGAAACGCCUGCGUCGGGGCAUUUCGAGGGCGAACCCUGCCACUCCUCCGGCCACGCGCCCGCCGGGGGCCCCCUCCACGCCCUCGGCGCGCGGAACCAGUGGGCACUGUGGACGCCACUGGUCCCCAGCCUUCUCGACCGCCAGCCCUGGACCGACAAACACCCAGAUCUGUUGACCUGCGGUCGCUGCUUGCAGACCUUCCCCUUGGAGGCCAUCACUGCUUUCAUGGACCACAAGAAACUGGGCUGUCAGCUCCUCAGAGGCCCCAGCCCUUGCCAGGGCUCAGAACGUAAGGACCCAAAGGCCUUGAGCUGCCUCCGCUGCGGCAGAGAGUUCAUGGGGGCCUGGAAACUGCUGCGCCACGCCCAGUGGGACCACGGACUGUCCAUCUACCAGACAGAGGUCGAGGCCCCAGAGGCCCCGCUGCUAGGCCUGGCAGAGGUGGCUGCAGCCAUGUCGGCAGUGGUGGGGCUGGAAGCCGAGGCCCAGGGCUCCCAGGUGAGCAGCGUGCCCCGGCGGAGUUCUACCUGCCCUGUGUGCAAGAAGACCCUCAGCUCCUUCAGCAACCUUAAGGUGCACAUGCGCUCGCACACAGGCGAGCGGCCCUACGCCUGUGACCAGUGUCCCUAUACCUGUACCCAGAGCAGCAAGCUCAACCGCCAUAAGAAGACCCACCGGCAGCUACUGCCUCAGAUCCCCUGCACGGCUACUGCCAGUCAGGAGCAGGCCUCUGCCACCGCCCCUCCAGAGCCAGCUGCCCAUGCUGCUGCCCCGGCCAGUACCCUCCCAUGCCGCGGUGGCGAGGGGGCUGGAGCUGCUGCUACAGCAGGAGUCCAGGAACCCGGGGCUCCUGGCGGUGGGGCUCAGGUGGGCCCUGGCGGGGACCGCUGGGGAGCUACCACCAAGGAACAGAGACCUGACCCUGCAAAGAGCCAGAAAACAUCCCCCAAGAAGACGCCCAAGCCAGUGGGCAAGAGCCGUGGGCCCGGGGGCAGCUGCGAGUUCUGCGGGAAGCACUUCACCAACAGUAGCAACCUGACGGUGCACCGGCGCUCCCACACGGGCGAGCGGCCCUACACCUGCGAGCUCUGCUCCUACGCCUGUGCCCAGAGCAGCAAGCUCAACCGCCACCGCCGCAUGCACGGCCUGGGCCCCGGCUGCACCCGCUUCGAGUGCCCCCACUGCUGUGUGCCUUUCGGCCUGCGUGCCACCCUGGACAAACACCUGCGGCAGAAGCAUCCCGAGGUGGGUGGGGAGGCCUAGCAGCAAAAAUGUCCUCUCUGCUGUCCCUGGAACCCUGUUGCUCCUGUUGAUCUCCUGUUCUUCCCCUGCUACAAGUAAACUCUCCCUGCCUUGUUACAUACACAUCUGGACUCCAGCUUUCUUCUUGGGCUGUCUGAGGUGGGGCAGGAGGCUUCCCUCUUUGGAGUGGACAGCUGGACAGACCGGUUUGGAACGAGGGGGUGAGGGGAAAGGCCGGCCCCCAGUGCCCGGGGCACAACAAGACUGGCACAGAAAGCUGUGCUCCCAGUUCCUGGUGUGGGCGAGGCCAGGGCAGGGGCCGAGGUGAGAGCAGGGAGAAGCCUGGACCUGUCACCAGGGGCCCCUGGGCAAAGUCCUGGCCCUCCUCUGUGCUGGGUGCAGGGCCCUUUCCCACAGCAGUGCCUCUGCCCUCCCAGAGCGGCAGCAGGCGCGGUUCUGAUUAACAAGGAAGGAGCUGCUGCUUAAGAGAUUUGGGUGUGUCUUCCCACUGAC